AUGAUCUAUGGAACGCUGCUACAACGAUGUAGCCGUCGGACGCUCGCUUCGCAAGCCGCUGUGGCUGUAGGGCGCGACAGUGCAAGGGUUGCCAGACUGGACCAGGACGAUCGUUUUCUCGAAGCGCCGCCCCCUCGAGAACCCCCACGAGUCGCAGCAAAAAUCGGCCUGUACAGGCACAUUUCACAAGCUCCCAGAAAUGGCUUCGAAAGCAAACCGAACAUUCGAUAUGAAUUCCAAAAGACUAUUCUUGCACGACACCGGCAGCAGAGGGAUACUCCAAGCGGCGCCGCUGUUCCCGACACAGCUGGGAACUCGCCCAAUUCAUCGAUCCAGCCCUUGCCCUCACGCCGCCGCGGACGCGGGCAUUAUUCCAUGACUUUGCGGGCGUGGCGCGACAAUUCCCCAAAUCUCCUGCUUCAGAAGGCACUGGACGCCGACGAAGACAGCCGGGACUGGAAAAUACAAGCGGCACAGAGUCGCGUCGCUCGCCUUCCAAUCAUCCUGCUGCAAAUGAUGAUUCGCAAAGAAGCAUUGCAAGAACAUGACCAGAGCGAGCUUCUGAAUCUGCUCCCGUCCACACAAGAAUGGGCAAAUAUGCUUGAUACUGCACGGCGAAACGGCUAUUCGCAAGAUGAUUUGGCGCAUUAUUUGUAUAUCCUCGAAGGGAAGACAGACGACACGCGAUGCGAAAGAUUUCUUGAACGCGACUCAUAUAAACCGCCCUUUAUUCUGCAUUUGCUCCUCAGGCCGACAUCCAGGUUCUCCCGGCUCGAAACCCUCAACCGUCUCGUGGGCUAUUGCCGCUCCUUCUACUUGGAGACCAUCAGAAAAGAACCAGAUACAGCCAAGGCCCAGACCAAGAAGUUAAAGCGGCCAUACGGGCCAGAAAACUUCAACGUUGUCAUGUCCCUUCUUGCGCACCAUUGCAUCCGGCUUGAUGCCAGGCACAUGAUUACGCUGGGUGAUUUAGCUGUCCAAUAUAUCGAGACAAUGGCGGAAUCACGCCUGCCGGAAGAGGAGAUUUACGAAGCUCAAUGCUCGGUAUUCAACCACAGCCUCAGGCUUUUCGGUUCGAACUGCCGCAGGCAUUCGAUCCAGCAGGCUUCGCCAAACGCUUUCUUUUGGGAAGCACAGAGAAUUCUUUUGGCCGUCUCUUCCAAGUUAAAGAAACAACUGCUGGUCGAUGUCGAGGGGUUUCGUGCCAUUCGAAAGGUCUUGGCAGGUAUGUCCAAGAAUCACGUCGAGAUGCAUAGCUCGGUUAGGCACGCACCUACAUGGCCCCCAUAUUUACAACCUGGGGAUGGAAUGGAUGAAGACAUGGACCCGGAAGAGAGCUGGAGCCGAGGCCGAAAAGUAAGCCUGUGGGAGGCUUCCAUCCGAGCCACGCGCAAUGCGCAGGAGGCUUGGGAGAGGUUCCAGAACCCCCCCAAGGCUGGACUUGAACUCGGCUUAGCCGAGUAUACCGCCAUGUUCGAAAAGUUGACGCUGAGGGAAGCGGAUGAGCACACCACAGCCCUGCCUGGCGACAGAGCCUUGAACUUUCCUACUCCGCAGGAGGCCAACCUCAGUGAAUUCGAAAAGGCCCGCAUCCGCCCGCCAAGCACCUCCCAGCUGUACGAGAGGAUGCUGAAAGACGGCAUCCGCCCGAGCGGCAGCUGUCUUGCCAUACUGCUGGCCAACACGGAAUCGUUGGAAAUGGCGCGGAGAUACCUACGCGACAGCGAUGGAACCGGCGCUCUGGACCGGCUGCUGUCCCAAGAGAUGGACGUGGAGGCUCUCAAAAAGGUGCCGCUCAGCCUCGUCUCAGCCUAUGUCCAAGUGAUGACAAGGCAAGGCGGAAAACGCGCAAGAAAAUACAUGGUGCGGGCUAUUGAGCUGGCAGAGAAGCGAUUAGGAUCUGUGCAAUCUCCGUGGUCUGAUUUCAUCUGGGGCACGAUUCUGAAAGACUUGUCACAGCACCAUCGCGGCCUGAGGAUCCUUGUCUACCAACAGCUCAAGCUGUCCCUCCACGUUGUUGAGAAACUCGACGGGCCUUGCGGCCUCUCGCUCCCUGCGUUCGUUCAGUUCAGCAAGACAACGCGGAAGAUAGCCAGGCGCGAACUGGAGGAGCUCUGCACCGAAAUGGAUAUGAGCCCGUCAACGGUCAAGAACAACGCGCUGUGGGCCCUGUACGAUGAGAAGUCUAUACACAAGGAUGCCAUGCAUUGGGACACAUUCGGCGGCAGGCAGGGGGCCUUGAAUGUGUUUCGUCUCUUCCGGUCUUCCGCCUUGCGGAUGAAGGAGCUUUUCGACAAACUUGUGUCACUUGAAGGAGAGAGCCAGCGACUGCUGGGUACGAAGAGGGUGGCGCCACUGGACGAGAUGAUGUGGCGGAGGGACCCAGCCCGAGCCGAGCACGCGUACGAGUACAUGGUUUCCUUGGCAUACCUGGGCGAGUUUCAACAGAUGGCCAAGCUGCUGAGGUGGUUGAUGGAGAAGUGGGGGCAGCCUGAGGUGGUGCAGGCGUUGUCGGAGCUGGACGAGCCGCCAGCGUAUGCGGACUUUGUAAAGACUCUCUGCGCCUUUCGACUUUUGGCCGAGCCCAUGCUGGGGCAGGGGGUGGUGGCGUCUCUGCAGGAAGCCAUUGACGCGGCUGGGUUGAACUGGACAUGGCCCGACGAAGAGGCUGUGGAGGCAUACAUUCAUACACAAGAGGAUGAAUCGAUCCAGGCUCUGGCGCGCGUGUUGGAGCGGGUGCGCUUAUCGUGGGCAAAUACGAGAAGCGACGUCGAGACGGACGCAGAGCCGGAUACGGGCCGGGCAGGCAAAUGGAGGAGCCAUGUAUUAUGA